UUUUUUAUGUGUAACUUGUACGUAGGCCGAGGAUUUUAGAAUUUAUUGAUCCAAAUAAUUUGUCGAGAAUAAAUUUACUAUCGGCGUGUUAGAGUCAUCGGGGUAGAUCCAGCUGGAGAAUAAUUUGACGGGAAUUAUAAGUAAUUAAUUGGGAAAAUAUAGUGAACCCACGCGCAACUGUAAAAAACUAGCCGGCCAGGCGCCAACUGUUUGUUCAAAGUUCCCUGAGAAAACAAAGAUCGAGAAACACCGAAUUAACGCUCCCGGGAUGGCAAACAGCAAGUAUGAGUACGUCAAAGUGGACUACGAAGUCAACGACGAAGUAAUGUUUCCUAACUUCAUUGUUGUUAAUCUUCACUGCUGCAAUUCAACGACAUUUUAUGAGUUUGAGCAACCCAAUGAUGAGAGAGCUGUGAAUUUGAUGAAUGCUUGUGCAACUGCUGUGUUGAAAGAGUACCCAGAUAUCGUUUUCGCCUACGGGUUUGGUGAUGAGUAUAGUUUUGUUUUUAGUAAAGAAACAAGGUUUUACCAGAGGAGGGCUAGCAAGAUAUUGUCACUUGUUGUUUCGUGCUUUAGUUCGAAUUAUGUGAGGAGUUGGAAAGAUUACUUUCCGGGGUUGGAUUUGGCAGGUGUUCCGGUGUUUAAAUCACGGGUUCUUUGUUGUGCGAAUGUGGAGGUUGUUCAGACGUAUUUGGCGUGGCGACAGAGGGAAUGUCAUGCAGGAAAUCAGUAUAAUACUUGUUUAUGGAAUUUGGUUAAAGGUGGGAAAACAGAAGUGGAGGCACGAGAAGUGUUGAAGGGAAGUGGGAAGCAAGACAAGAAUGAGAUGCUAUUUCAGCAGUUUGGAAUUAACUACAAGUCGAUUAAUAGAAUGUUUCGUCAAGGAUCAUGUGUUGUUAAGACGGAGAUUGAAGCAAUUGUGAAGCAUAGAGAUGGGGUUCCUGUUAAAAGAUUGCGGAAAGAUGUCAUUGUGGAGCAUCAUGAAAGCAUUGCCUCAAGAAGUUUCUGGAACAAGCACUCUUGUGUAGUGAAGGAGAUAGGUGAAUUUAGAGAGGACAUUAACAAGAUCAAACCAGAGUUUGUCAAGUCGUUUGAAUUUGAGAACAAGUUGAUGCCUUCUACGUGGAUUGUUGUUAGAAUAGACGGCUGCCACUUUCAUAAGUUCUCAGAGAUGCAUGAAUUUGAGAAGCCAAAUGAUGAGCAAGCCCUGAACCUUAUGAAUUCUUGUGCUGUUGCUGUGCUCAGGGAAUUUAGUGAUAUAGUAUUUGCAUAUGGGGUAAGUGAUGAGUACAGCUUUGUUUUGAAGAAAGAUUCUCAGCUCUAUCAAAGGCGUGGUAGCCACAUAGUGUCAGCAAUCGUGUCAUUGUUUUCUGCUGCUUACAUAUUGGAAUGGAUGCUCUUUUUUCCUAAUAAGGAGUUGAAAUACAUACCCAGUUUUGAUGGGCGUGCUGUUUGCUACCCUUCGUCUAAGAUUCUUCAAGAUUAUUUAGCAUGGAGACAAGUUGAUUGCCACAUUAACAACCAGUAUAAUACUUGUUUUUGGGAGUUAGUUAAAUCAGGAAGGAGCAAACGUGAAGCUCAGAAAUACUUAAAGGGUACUCAAACAAAUGAAAAAUAUGAGCUGCUUGCGCAGAAAUUCAAUAUAGAGUACAAUAAAUUGCCAAAUAUGUUCCGUAGGGGGUCUUCUGUUUUUCGGGAAGAGAAGGACACUGUCAAUACCAUUGGAGAAACUCAAAAGAGAGUUGUAAUUAAGCACUGUAAUAUUAUUGACAGCUGUUUUUGGGAAGCCAACCCAAAUAUACUCAAUGAGGAGCCGCUUUAGAGAACAGUGAUAUUGAGGAUCUCCACAAUUUUACCUCCAUUAAUCUUUGAAGCCUACAUUACCAAUGGAGGUGCGUAGACACCCAAUUACAGUAUACUGGAAAAGCUUUAAUUAUAUAUCAGUGUUAUACAUGCAUGAACUAACGAAACAUAACAAAAGGAGGAAAUUUUAGCGAGGCUGCAUAUUGUGAUCAUACAUUCACAGCAGUGAUCCAUGCUUUUAACGAAGGUGUACUGUGGAGGGGGAUAAGGCGUCUGCAGUUGUCCAAUUUGAUUUGGUACUGUGGUAUCUGUCUAUUUGAAGAGGACGGUUUUAUGCUUAUAAGGCAGAAGCAUUUUGGUGAUGAACGUGUCGCAUUCUCUAGAAUUCCUUGUGCACAGUGUCCUCUUGAUACGAGAAAAAAUAUACAGCUUUUGGCGCCAAUAGGUUUUUGUUGCUUGCCUUAGAGCUAGAACUUUAUGGUUUUUGUCUUUAUCUUUGGUAUUUGGUUCGUUUUUUAUUAAAUUUGAUAUUUUAUUAGUAUUAAAAGGUUUGGAGGCUGAAUGUGUGCUAAUGUUAUUGAAUACUGAUUUAGUUCUAUACUGCACAUUACUUAAUUAUGAGAUUUUUUCGUCGUAUUUGGCUGCUAGUGGAGUUGGGUACUCAACCGUGGCUAAUUCCACCCACAAAUGAGCUGUACAAUGUAAUAGAGUGGCACUUAGUAUUGCUUUAAAAGUGCUUGGAGCUUCUUUACCUUUACUGGUGUACGGAUAAUUACACUAGUCCAACUAGGCUAGUAGGUGGUCCACGUAUAGAAGUACUGUUUGUGGUAAUGCAUUAUGGCUUUCUAUCUAAUUUAAUGUAUAUAUGAUUUAGUGGUGUCACUCUGAUGCUUUAGUUGAUUGAAGGAGAUACUUAUGGUUUCUUUCUGAUGUUAUGACGAUGCAAUGUCUAGGCGCAAUGAAUGUUGGAGCUCUUAUUAGUAUAUGUUUUAUGUGUUGCCAUGUUUUCAUUUUGAAGUGUUUGUAUAAGAUUAAUAUGCAAUACAGUUAUCUAUGGAAUGAUUAGAAAUAUACACAGGUCAUUGUUUCUUCUGCGCCCUAUAUAAAGGUGGAUGAGCUUAUAAUCUUACAUUCCGAGCAGCAAUAUGAACGUCCAAUCAGCAAGAAUUUUACAGUAUUGACACUAACCUCGAGGUUUGGAUACCCUCCACUAUGCGUACUCUCCCCUUCCUUUGCUGCCUAUUUGAUCAGCCCCAUAAUACCCGACCUGUUCUUUGUAUCAUAAUGACACAUUUGAAUAUUUGAGAGUACAAGAGAAUCAGUAGAUAAUGAUUGUGUUUCUCCUAUACUCCCCUGUUGUUUCUGUCAAGAAAGCGUCUUAGUCAUGGUUGCUGGGAUUCAAGAUCUUUUAGCAGGCAUAUGUGUCAGCAGCUACACCAGCAAGUUUGACUCGAGCAACCUGCUGUUGUUUCUCAGCAAGCGUAUUAUAACAUCGCGGUGGGCAAAAUGUGGUAUACAAAUCUUCCCUUGGCAGCUUAAAUAUUUAUCUUAUCAAAUGCGAGUAUGCGGCCACAUGCAGCAGGGCCAAGGCUUCUCAAUCCAGAAGUGAUGUGUUUGCUAUCUGUCAACAAUUUAUGAUCUAUCAAAGGUUUAUUGGGGAUCUGUUGUGGCCUUUUUGCUGUAGUACUUCUCUUCAUUCUCAUGAUCGGUGUUGUCUUGUUUCAAAUUUUUCAUAUUGACAUCAUUAUAAACACGAAAGUUGUUUAAGCUGAUCUUUUCCCUUUCCAAUUUAUAGUGUAUGUUAUUGUUGGUAUUUUGUUUGGAUAAGAAACAGAUGUCAUGAAUGGUAUCAGGAGUGCCUCAAAUUUGUUCCGUGACAUUUUAAUUGAAUGGUUGA